AUGAGACUCCCAUCGAUAAAUCCCGCCAGGACCAAGAACUUGGUACAUGGCGCCCAGGCCGUGUUGAUAUUCUUUGCAUGGGUACUUACAAUUGCUGUGUUCACCAAGAGCGGUGGUGUUGACGGCCGCUCUGGCUGGUACUUUGGCGUGUGCUGGCUGUCUAUUCCUGCCCUCAUCUAUCUCGUCGCCGUGCCGACCUUUCCACGUGCUCGUCGAUUUGGCAAUGUCUACGCCUUUGCUACCAUCGACGGUCUCAUGGUACUUUUGUGGUUCAGUGGAUGGGUUGCUGUUGCAGACUAUGUCGCGGAAGGCAAAAGCAAAGGCGAGUCGGAGCAGGAUAAUUCUAAGGAUAAAAAGUCAGGCUGCGAUGCUUUCGCAUAUGGCAGUUCAUCCAAGUGUAGUGUCAGUACUGCAACGGUGAUCUUUGGCGUGAUGGUUUUCCUUCUCUUUAUCGCCACGAGUUAUCUCUCCUUUCGCAAUGUCAUCUACUUUCGUCGAACUGGUACUAUGCCUGAUGCCGUCGCCGAUCAGACCUUUGAUGCCCAGACGAAGGCAGCCUUCUCUUCAAACACGGCACAUGACUUUGAGGAAGAGGAUGAGUUCCGGUCGGGACGCACUGGAGGUGAAGGCCCCUCGAACUACGGUCACGAACGCGAUGAGGACUAUGCUCUCCUUCAACAAAGCGAAGCUGACGAUUUGGGUGGGUCGCACCAUGGCGGCGUCCAAGGCGCAUAUGAUCCUACCUCGACAAGCCAAGGAUCAGUGAUGCAUGACUACGAUGCAAGUUACAAUAGCGGCUAUACUCAGCCUCACACGGAAACGACUGGAGACUACAACGACACCAGCUACCAGUCACAUAGCAGCUAUAACCGAUGA